GGGCGUGGGGCACCGCCGCCCGCCAAAACGCGCGGGGCGGCGGGACGGGACGGGGAGGGCAGCGCCGCGCCGACCCCCCGAGGCCCCGCCGCGAUGCCCAGCGACUCCCCGGCGUUCCCCAAGGCCCCGGACGCCGCGGGGCCGCGCCGCGAGGCGGGCGGCUUCGGUAAGGCGGCGGCGGCGCUGGCGGCGGGCGCCCCGGCCGAGGGGGUCGCGGCGGGGAAGAAGGCGCCGCGCCUGCCCAAGUGCGCCCGCUGCCGCAACCACGGCUACUCCUCGCCGCUGAAGGGCCACAAGCGGUUCUGCAUGUGGCGGGACUGCCAGUGCAAGAAGUGCAGCCUCAUCGCCGAGCGGCAGCGGGUGAUGGCAGCGCAGGUUGCGCUGAGAAGGCAGCAAGCUCAGGAAGAGGAGCUGGGAAUCAGCUUCCCCGUACCCCUGCCCAGUACCCCUGAGGCGUUUGUUAAGAAGAACAAUGGUGGCAGCUCUUGUCUCUUGUUGGAAAGCAGCAGCAGCCCUACGCACUCAACGAGUGCAGCCACGACAGCAACUAGCACACUGUCAGAGGGACGGAUGCUUAUUCAAGACAUCCCUUCCAUCCCCAGCAGAGGGCACUUGGAGAGCACGUCUGAUUUGGUUGUGGACUCCACCUACUACAGCAGUUUCUACCAGCCAUCCCUGUAUCCUUACUAUAACAACCUGUACAACUACUCCCAGUACCAAGUGGCAGUGGCUAGUGAGCCUUCCUCAAGUGAGGUGGGGGGUACAGUUGUAGGGUCGGCCAUGAAAAACACCCUUCGAAGCCUCCCAGCAACAUACAUGCCAAGCCAGUCGGGAAAACAGUGGCAGGUGAAGGGCGUGGAGAGCCGCCACACCGUCAGCUCUCAGUAUCAUAUGUGCUCCUACUACCCACCCGCUUCCUACCUGGGUCAAGGGGUUGGCACUCCCACAUGCCUCCCCCAAAUUCGAACCUCUGAGGACAUCGCCUCCUGCUCAGAGUCGAAAGUGAGAGUGUUUUCGCCGCCCAGCAGCCAGGACUCCGGGCUGGGGUGCCUGUCCAGCAGCGAGAGCACUAAGGGAGACCUGGAAUGCGAGCCCACCCCGGAGCCCGGCGCCUUCGGAGUGAGCCCCGUCCUGGAGGGCGGCGAGUAGGCUCCUCGCCCCGGGGCAGAGAGGUGCAGCAGCGUUCGUGGUUUGCUUGUUCUGCUUGGGGGUUGCUGAGGUGGGUGGGAUGGGAGCAGGGAGGGGGCGUUUGAUUUCUUCUUUCCGGGGUCGGGGCGAAGGCAGAGAGAGCAUCCCGACAAGCGGGCGGGGGCUCCGGGAUAACAGUGUGUUCUGCGCCCCCUGCUCUCCGUGCAGGCUGCGGGCGUUUUCUUCUCAUGUCGCCAAAUUAACAUAUUUUGCAUAUUACAGUUGAGUGCCUUGCCUUAGAUUGCGAUCUAAACCGCAAGUAAACAAGUCUCUAAAUAAAGUUACUGCGAAUUUCCAUGUUUGUUAUUUUGUUAAAAAUGGCUUACGGUGUUCUUUUCUAGCGUUACAGAGGCCGACCCGAAAUGAAACUAGUCUAGAAAAAUUCAUUGUUCUCUGUAGUUGCGGCUGUACCUGAAAUAAAAAUGUUAUUGAUGACUGAAUUUUCUUGUGUGUAUAUUUGGUGAGCUGUAUUAAAACAGAAAAAAAAAGAAAUUACUUGUAUUUUCUUCGCUCUGUGCUUUGAAAACAUCUAUUUGAUUUCACCCCCAUCUGUUGUAAUCAAUAACCUGACCAUCUUGUUUUUUAUUAAAUG